GCGGAUCAAAACGAUCCCGAGGAGGGAGGACAGGGAGCGAGAACAGGGAGAACAGGGCGAGGAAGGCGCACGAGUAUGAUGAUGAGGAGGACGAGCAGGAGAGGUAGUACAAGGGUGUCGGCGAUGAGGCCCUCCUCAUCUGGGCUGUCCACCAGCAUCGGGAUGGCCCCGAAUUGCGCCGCGGUCUGCAAGCACAUCCUGGCUGACGUCCAGGCAGAAUACGUGAUCCAUGCCCACUUGCUUCUUGAGCCAAGCCACGGCGUAGAUGCCCAGCAACCCGGCUCCCUGAACCACUGCGCUGUUGUUGGACCCGAAUCUAGGCAGUCUGGCCACAUGUCCAGAGAAUUCACGACGGUGGCCAGCGCGCAGUUCGCGGGCGAGGCCACCCGGGACGGCAGGCCCCCGGGCAGCUGCACCACGUGGGUGCCGCGGCGCAGCAGUGCCUCCCUGGAUGUGCGUCGCGUAAGUGCCGUUGAGCCCAGUGCCGUCGUCCACGCGACGGUGGCCGUACUUCAUGAGGCCAACGCACUUCUGCGGCAGCUUGUGCAGCGUGCACUCGGGACAGACAGCCGCAGGAGUCCGCCACGGAGAACGUGACGCGGUCGCCCUCCCGCAGCUUCCAGCCCUGCUUCCGCGGCGGGCUCCCGCUGAAGAUGUCGCUGCCCAUGCGCUCGAUGUAGCCCACGCCCUCGUGCCCCAGGACCAGCGGGACCGCGGUCCUGCCGCUUCCCUGCGAUUGUGUGGAGGUCACUGCCGCAGAUCGUGGCGCACUCGAGCCGCACGAGGAGCUCGCCCUCCCGCAGCCUGCACCAGGAAAUUCUGACCGCACCGGCCCGUCCUACGCCCACGCCGUGGAACACGGCGGCGACCGCGGUGGAAUGCCGCCUCUGCGCGGUGGCCGGCCGCCCCCCGGCAGGCCCGCUGGCCGCGCCGCGGACCAGGGGCGCCAGCCUGCGCAGCGGCUGCAUGGCCCGGGACGCCGCUUCGCGGCGCGCGCCGGAACAACCGGACGGGCU